AUGGCAGUCCACAGACAUCAUCAUCAUUCAACACCAACAUCGUCAAAGCAUCAUCAGAGAAGACAUCUCUUUGUAUACACAAGCAUGGAUCAUCAACAACUCGAACCUCCUCUUCCCGUUGUGUACAGCAACAAAAUCGUCUUCCGACAUUCGUUCUUGAAAUGGGUCAUCAACGAAGCCUUCAGUGGCAACCCCAGCUCUUUCAACGUGAUCGUUCAAAAGCCAUGCGAACAUUGGUUAGCGGAGAAUUUCAUAGACGAGUCUGUCACUGGCUGUCAAAUGAUAUGCAUCGACAAGCCUAAGCUAUACGAUAUAGCUGCUGAGCACUGGGACAACAACAUUUUGGCCCCUUUCGACUUUCGCAGAAAAAGGCUGUCUCACAACUGCUUCGCGCCUUCUGACACACCUGAUCCAGUCAUAAUCCUUGCUUAUCGCUGGAUCUCAAACUCUGAUUGUCCUUGGCUAUGGGGUCAAUACAAUGAAUUCAAUGACUGUCUCCUCGUAUAUUGGUCCUUCUAA